CCUGAUUAAUCUCCUCAAUUAUCUCUGCUGUUUACCAUCAUUUAUCAUCGUGCUCUCAACAAUCUGUUAAAAAUGUCAAAAGAUUACAAAAAAAUGGUGUUUGGAUUCUUUCAAAAGAUUAAACAUAUAUAAGAUUUUGUCACAGUGAAAAUUCAUUUUGUUCAGUGAAAAUUGGAGCAGAUGACGUCUGUCUCCUCGAUUCGGCGGUGUUUAGUGAGAUAAUCGUAGAAGUGGACACUUGUUGAAAUGUACAUGUGAUGUUUGUGUGAGUGGUUUUGAUACAUUCUGCGCGUGAAUAUUUCGCCAAUCAACUGCCAUUUUCAACAAUUGAAAAAACAACAAAUUUUUAUUGCUAAGAAUGCAAGAUGAGCUGGAAAUAUGUAUUUAUAACACUCCUGUACGUCUGUACAGUAGAAUCCGGCUUUGACGAUAAUAAUUGUUUUUACAAAUAUAUCUGCAACGACGAAGGAGCAAAAUAUGAGAGGGAGAUUGAAGAAAAAAUCUCGCAAUGCAAUGUCACUAAUAUUCCUGAAAAUGAACUAAUUCUACUGAAUGACGGAAAAAUCAGCACUUUAAAAACAGUACUGAAUUUACCCAACGUUGAAUGCAAUUACGAUAUCGCUUUAGUUGUUAAUUCAACAGUUAAGUCUCAAGAGGAGUGCGAUCAACAUGUGUUCAACGAGGAUUCCACUUCUUAUCGGGAAGUUUAUACAAAUUACCGGAUUUGUGUGGUUGAUGAACCAUCUCAAAUGGACAAUCCGAGUAAUGAAGAACCAACUUGCAAAGACGACAAUAUUGUUCUCAGCCAUGAGCACAUAUUCACCGGCUGUUACGCCCUUCGUUUUUCCAUUGAUGAUGAGUACAAAUAUGUUUAUCGGGGAAGAAAAUUUGUAGUGUCAAGCUAUGAGUUGACCAGAGUGCAAGAACCAACUCACCAAUGCACAUAUUUCACCAGAGAAAAUAUCAGCAAUAGUAGUGAUGGAGUAAUAUUCAGCCUGGAUAUUUCGUUGCACUCUGCCUCCCCAACAUUGCAUUUAGGAUUGCGAACAUUAUCUCCCACCCAUCAAAGUGAAAAAAAUGCCUGUACCAACUACGCUAGAAAUUACGAUGGGGAUGAAUGGGCCAUUAACAUGAACAGUUCAGCUCCUCGGACGUCGUUUACCAAGAACUGCAGUUUCAUGACGGUUCAUGAGAAUCUCACAUCGAAUGCAUCGUACGCAGAAAGUAUAGAUUGUCGAUUUUCCCUCAAUAUACCAACGGAUAUGAUUUACUGCUUCAAACUUAAGGUGAUCGAUGAACGUUGCCAUAAAGAUUCUCUUUGGAACAGUCCGCGAAGAUUCUAUCCCUGCACAUGGAUGCUCGAAUGCAACCGAGAUCCAAAAGCCCAUGAGACGUCUGAACACAUCGGGGAUGUUGAUGGUCCUCGUAAAAUAAUUGUUGAGGGCAAUUUAUUCCUUCCUGUAGGGAUUGCAUUGGUUCUCUUUGUGUUUGUUAUAUCGGGAAUUUUAUUGGGCAUACGUCGAUGGCGAUCGACCACUCGGCGAGUUUAUCUCAAUGCUAAUAUGCCGGACUUGAGGGUGACGAAUCAUAACGAGGCUGAUGUCGCUGAUACCGACGAUGAGAUGAGAAAGUCUACUAAAACUGGUGAGAUUGAUGAAACGAAGGGAAUCGUUCUUUUGUACGCCAGAGGUUCGACUCCGUUUAUGACGUUCAUGACGGAAUUCAGGGAAAGUUUGAAACUUUUUUGCAAGUGUAAUGUUUUCGAUUGGUAUGCCGCGUGUGAAUGGAACGACGUAGCCAAAGUUGGGGCUUGUGAUUGGGCUACGAAUCUAAUUCGGAAUCAGCAUCGCGCUGUAUGGAUCGACACACCUGGCGCUAGAUCGCUGGCUUCAAAUGGCUUUAGUGAUAGCAAAUGCGGUGCAGAAGCUAUCAGCGAUUUCCGGGAUAUGGCGUUCUUUGCGGUUCUAGAUUAUGCCAAGCGUACUAUCAUGAAUACUAAACUGCAGUAUAGUAAACAUUUCAUUGUGAGACUCGAAGGAUUUGAUCAUGAAAAUUCGACUGUCGAUCCGUUUUCUGAUCUUUCUCCUCAUGCUCGUUACCUCGUUCCUUAUCACCUCAGUCAGCUCUGCUCACACUUAUCGUCGAGGAAAUCAGACAGCAGCGGCGAGGCCCUGAUGGCUACGGAGGCUCAAUUAAGGGAACGCUUGAAGCAAAUAAAAAAUGAAUAAGUUAUGUCAAUCGUUUUUAAGAAAUUUUUUACAAGAUUCCUUCAUGUGAAUUAUAAUUUUCGUCCUCAAGUAAAUGACUGCAAUGUGUUGUUUUUUAAUCCACUUUCGAAAUAAAAAUCAAAUGAAGAAAUGUAAAA